AUGCCGGAGUGUACAGAACAAUUGACGUUCACUAUUCCCAUCAUACGAUACACCAUGGAUUCUGAUGACAGACCUACGGAGGUAGAAAGGCAACAGCUUACGAAAAAAAUGUCCCUGUUGCCACCCGUGAAGAUUGAAGCUCCAGAUCCUGUGAGAAGUGGGAGACGGUCGUCAGAACCUAAUAGGUAUUAUAUACCGCCACAGUGUAACAACCGAUUAUCUCCGAGGAGUGCUCGUAAACGUGAUUCCAGGAAGAAUUCUAAGUCUAACCAUAAAGAUGAUUCACCGUCGAAGGACACUUUUGGACCUAAACCGUGUAAUUGUGAGGAUUGUAGAGCUUCCAGUCCAUUGCCACCUGGUUAUGGGCCACAGACUCUGUCUCCUGGCUACGAUCAGAUGAAGAUGUCAUUGUUAGAAGUACCGUGGAAUGAGGAUUACACAGAAGCAUCCAGUGAUGAUCUCAGUUCCGAAUGGGAUUCUGAUGUACCAGAGCCGACUCCACCUAAGCAAUCAGAAAGGUGGCGUAAGCUCCGUAACAUCGUGCAGUGGACGCCAUUCUUUCAAACUUACAAAAAGCAACGGUACCCUUGGAUACAACUAGCCGGUCACCAGGGCAACUUCAAAGCUGGACCUGACCAGGGAACCAUAUUAAAGAAGCUUUGUGCUCAGGAAGAAAAAUGUUUUAAGAUUCUGAUGAGGGAUGUACUUCGACCAUUCGUGCCUGAAUACAAGGGUCAAGUUACAUGCGAAGACGGAGAACUCUACUUACAACUACAAGACUUGCUGAGCGAUUUUGACAGUCCUUGCGUCAUGGAUUGCAAGAUUGGAGUCAGAACGUACUUGGAGGAAGAACUUGCCAAGGCUAAGGAGAAGACGAAGUUAAGAAAAGACAUGUAUGAAAAGAUGAUUCAGAUAGAUCCAAAAGCACCCACCGAUGAAGAGCACAGGAGUAAAGGCGUCACUAAACCACGGUACAUGAUAUGGCGGGAAACCAUCAGCUCGACUUCCACUCUCGGCUUCCGAAUAGACGGCGUUAAGAAAGCCGAUGGCACCAGCUCUAAAGAUUUUAAGACCACAAAAACUAGAGAUCAAAUCGUUGAAGCUUUUAAAGAUUUCAUCAGCAGUUUUCCUAACGCAGCGCCAAGAUACUUAGAAAGACUGAAGAGCAUCAGAGCAACGCUGCAGGAAUCUUCAUUCUUCAGAAACCAUGAGCUGAUCGGCAGCUCCCUGCUCUUCGUCCACGACAAGAAGCGAGCUUCUAUCUGGAUGAUUGACUUCGCUAAAACUGUCCCGGUUCCUGAGAACCAGAAUAUAGACCAUAACACUACCUGGAAAGUUGGUAACCACGAAGACGGCUACCUCAUCGGUUUAGACAACUUAAUCUCAAUAUUCGAAUCUCUUAUCAAAGAUGACAACGGCAACGUAGAUCAGUGCUAUUCCGACGUUAGUUUAGAUAAAAAUGUUCGGAAAGAUAGCUUUGAUACUUGA